AUGGCAGCAAUUCGAGAAAAAGAGGAAAAAUUAAAAGAAUUAAAGCUGAAACAGAAAGAGGAGUUAGCCACUUUAGAAGCUGAACUGAACCAACUCAAGCUUAAUAGUAAAGAUGCGCAUAAAAUUGCUCUAAAAACGCCAAAGGGUACUCGGGAUUUCUCACCCAAACAGAUGGCUAUUAGAAAAGUAUUAUUUCGAACUAUCGAGAAAUGUUUUGAAAGACAUGGAGCUGAAACUAUUUCUACGCCCUUGUUUGAGUUAAAGGAAGUUUUAACUGGUAAAUACGGUGAAGACUCUAAAUUGAUCUACGAUUUAAGCGAUCAAGGUGGAGAAUUAUGCUCACUUCGUUACGAUUUAACGGUACCAUUUGCGCGUUAUCUGGCCAUGAACAAAAUUCAAAAAAUUAAACGGUAUCAUAUUGCUCCAGUAUAUCGCCGUGAUAACCCUUCCAUCACUCGGGGUAGAUAUCGAGAGUUUUUUCAGUGUGAUUAUGAUGUUGCCGGCUACGAUUCACGUAUUGCCGAUGCCGAAUGUAUAAGGAUCGUUUCAGAGAUUCUUUCUGCAGUCGAUGUUGGUUCGUUCAUAAUCAAGAUCAAUAAUAGAAAGAUCCUUGAUGGUAUGUUUGAAAUAUCCGGAGUUCCGACAGAAAAAUUUCGAGAAAUUUCCUCUGCUGUUGAUAAACUUGAUAAGAUGUCAUGGGAAGAAGUACGUAAAGAAAUGACUGACGAAAAAGGCCUUGACGGAAAAGUUGCCGAUAGUAUCGGUGACUUUGUAAAGUUAAAGGGCGGACUCGAUUUGAUAAGUCAUUUGGAAGGUGUAGUAAAAGAAACUGGAAACAACAGCUUAUUAGUUGGUGUAAAUGAAAUGAGAGCAAUCAUAGAGUUAUGCCAUGAAUAUAAUGUCACAGACAAGAUCUUAUUCGAUCUUAGCUUGGCUCGUGGCCUUGAUUACUAUACUGGUGUAAUUUAUGAAGCUGUUCUUACAGAUGACAAGGUAGGAGUCGGCUCCGUUGCUGGUGGGGGCCGAUACGAUAAUUUAGUAGGAAUGUUUCAUCCGAAAGGAAAGCAAAUUCCAUGUGUAGGAGUCAGCAUUGGAAUUGAGAGACUUUUUUCUAUAUUGGAAGCGAAAGCUAAAGGAAAUGUAAGAACUACAGCAACUGAUGUAUAUGUUGCCUCAGCACAAAAAGGCUUGUCCAAACAUCGCAUUGCAUUAUGCAGUAACUUAUGGGAUGCUGGAAUUGGGGCCGAAACUGCAUACUCCGAAAAUCCUAAGCUAUUAAAUCAGUUACAACACUGUGAAGUUAACGAUAUCCCACUUGUAAUCAUUAUUGGAGAGAGUGAAUUACAACAGGGUAUCGUAAAAAUCAGAGAUACUAACUCCCGUGAAGAGGUUGACGUAAGUCGGGAGAACAUGAUUGAAACUAUUAACAAGAAGUUAAAUCAAAAACGUGGCUAA